CAGAACCACUUAGGUGGUAACCAUGGCUGAUAUUAAUAACAAAACUUUUCAAAUUGCAUCAUUUUUGUAUUUUUCAUUUCAACCCAAUCAGUAUCGUGCUAGUGACUGUGCCAGCCGGUAAUCAGAACAAACGUUGUUUAACGACACUCAGAGAUAUGUCUCAAAUCAGUCCACGCAUAUUGACCCUUGUUGGAGUUGGAAUUGGGGUAUCAAUAUUAACAGCAAUAUCCUCCUUCAUCUACAAACGUCUUCGUUCUAAAAAAGAAGUAAUACCAAUAAAAUGGAGAAAAGUCGGUACUCUUGAUCAAUUGUAUUUUAUUCCAAUAAAAUCAUGUAGACCGAUUGAGCUUGAUGAAGCUUUUUGUGAGAACCUUGGUCUCCGAAAAGAUGAUAUCAAAGAUCGUGCUCUGAUGGUGAUUGAGAAAAGUGGACAAGUUAUCACAUCUCGAACUUAUCCGAAAAUGUUCAAAAUUAUUCCGAAAAUUGUCAGUCGUUCGGAAUUAGUUCUUUCUGCACCUGGAAUGGAAGAUACUCAUUUUGAUUAUGCAGACUUGGAUACAAAAUCUAGUGUAUCUACUAUCAAGGCACUGAUUUACGGAUUCCAUGCUGAUGUCUUGGAAUGUGGAGAGAUUUAUAAUAAAUGGUUUUCCCAGUACAUUUUGGGUGAACCCGAGGGUUUGAGAUUAGUUUACUAUCCACAUCAGAAUGCAACAAGACCAAUUGGUAGAUUUUACAAGGAAGGAAUUUAUACUAAACAAGAUACUGGUACAUUUCAAGAUAUGUCAAGUUUUAAUCUUAUCAAUAACGUUUCUGUUGAUGAGUUGAACACUCGUUUGCGUGAUGAUGAGCAAGUACCUUUGUUACAAUUCAGAUCAAAUUUUUAUGUCAAAAACACUGGACCUGCUUUUGCCGAAGACAACUGGAAAUGGGUUCGAAUUGGAAAUGAAGUUGUUUUUCGGAAUAUUGGACCUUGUUAUAGGUGCAUUGUACCUAAUAUUAAUCCUUACACAUCCGAACGUCAUCCGGAGGGUGAACCAUUGAAAACAUUGAAAACCUACCGAGUUUUUCCAGGAUCUAAAUAUGACUCUCCUGUGAUGGGUAUUCAAUUGGGUUUGAGAAACAAUGGAAGUGUUAGAAAAGGAGAUUGUGUUUAUGUUGAAGAAACUGAGUAACAAGAUUGAGAUUUGUUUUGGAAUAAUAAAAAGUGAUGCUUCAUUUAUUUUGCUUAUUUUAAGCGAUACAUAAAAUAAAUAACGAUAAUAGUUAUUAAAAAGGUGGAAACAAAGAAAAAACAAACCAAUUAUAAUAAUACUGAUAAUAAUAAUUAAACUGGUCGGCAAAAUUACGUCAUACAUGUUACAAAUUUUGUCACCCAAACAUUAA